GGUAUGAAAAAUUAAGGGGUAAAAGGGGUUUUUUUAAGAGAAAAGAGAAAUUUAUUUGAAAAAGAACGAGAGGGAAAGUUUAUUUAGGGAGGAAGGAGUACAUGAUUGAAAAAGGAAAUGUCACCUUCUUUGUUUACUUCCAAACUUCCAACCAUAUUUCGCCUUCCGGCCCAACCUUAAAUUCGGACGGACGUAGCAGACUCCCACAAGCACACAAUGUUCGGCACAUCGACGUCGUCACCGCCGUCAUACAAGAAGUAUGACGUCAGAAAUCGAGAUCCGGACACCAGAUCGGCCGUCCUGUUAGUGAUUGACAUGCAGAACUACUUCUACUCAAUGGCGAAGCCCAUUCUCCCGGAGAUCAGAACAACCGUCGAUCUCUGCCGCGGUGCUUCGGUUCCGGUAAUCUUCACUCGACACUGUCACAAGUCCCCGGAGGACUACGGGAUGCUCUACGAGUGGUGGGACGGCGACCUUAUCAUGGACGGCACUGUUGAGGCGGACCUCAUUCCCGAUUUGGGCCGGGUAGAUACUGAUUUGGUGGUUGAAAAGCACACAUACAGCGCCUUCAGAGGUACUAACUUAGAGGAGACAUUGUGUGAGAUGGGGGCAAAAGAGGUCAUCGUGACGGGUGUGAUGACCAACAUGUGUUGUGAGACCAUGGCAAGAGAGGCUUUUGUUAGGGGUUUCAGGGUUUUCUUCUCCACGGAUGCCACCGCCACUUCCUCAGCAGAACUGCAUGAUGCAACCUUAAAGAACAUGGGAUAUGGUUUUUCAUAUUUUGUUGACUGCAAAAGCCUUCGGGAUGCAUUUUCAAAAUCUUAACUAUUAGCCUCUUUUUACAAUCACCACUAAUGAAAGAAGCUGUGAUUGUUGUAUUGCAUCUUGAUUCUUUUGUUAAGUGGUACAGUGUGUUUUAAAUCAGUCUUUUGGACUGAUAUAAAAUUACUUUAUUAAG